CCCUCGUUUCAAGUAUUGUAUUAUUUUCAUAAUACGGAUCUACAGCAUGUCUGGAAGAGGCAAAGGUGGUAAAGGACUCGGCAAAGGAGGCGCCAAGCGGCAUCGCAAAGUGCUCCGUGAUAACAUCCAGGGCAUCACCAAGCCCGCUAUCCGCCGCCUGGCUCGCCGCGGAGGAGUGAAGCGAAUCUCCGGGUUGAUCUAUGAAGAGACCCGCGGGGUGUUGAAGGUUUUCCUGGAGAAUGUGAUCCGGGAUGCCGUCACCUACACUGAGCACGCCAAGAGAAAGACCGUCACCGCUAUGGAUGUGGUGUACGCUCUGAAGCGCCAGGCUCAACAAGCUGAUGGGAGGCGUCACCAUCGCUCAGGGCGGAGUGCUAGUUUGAAAAUGGCAAGAACUAAGCAGACUGCGCGUAAGUCCACCGGUGGAAAGGCGCCCAGGAAACAGCUUGCUACCAAGGCUGCUCGAAAGAGCGCCCCCGCUACCGGCGGCGUGAAGAAACCUCACCGUUACAGACCUGGCACUGUGGCUCUGAGGGAAAUCCGCCGCUAUCAGAAAUCCACCGAGUUGUUGAUCCGCAAACUGCCCUUCCAGCGGCUCGUCCGAGAAAUCGCUCAGGAUUUCAAGACCGACCUGCGCUUCCAGAGCUCCGCUGUGAUGGCGCUGCAGGAGGCUAGCGAGGCUUACCUGGUCGGGCUCUUUGAGGACACCAACCUGUGUGCCAUUCACGCCAAGAGAGUCACCAUCAUGCCCAAAGACAUCCAGCUGGCCCGCCGAAUCCGAGGAGAACGCGCUAGCCUCAGCCCUCGUUUCAAGUAUUGUGUUAUUUUCAUAAUACGGAUCUACAGCAUGUCUGGAAGAGGCAAAGGUGGUAAAGGACUCGGGAAAGGAGGCGCCAAGCGGCAUCGCAAAGUGCUCCGUGAUAACAUCCAGGGCAUCACCAAGCCCGCUAUCCGCCGCCUGGCUCGCCGCGGAGGAGUGAAACGAAUUUCCGGGCUGAUCUAUGAAGAGACCCGCGGGGUGCUGAAGGUGUUCCUGGAGAAUGUGAUCCGGGAUGCCGUCACCUACACUGAGCACGCCAAGAGAAAGACCGUCACCGCUAUGGAUGUGGUGUACGCUCUGAAGCGCCAGGGUCGCACUCUGUACGGAUUCGGGGGUUAAAGAUUUGGACACAAGGACACGAACACAAAGGCUCUUUUAAGAGCCGCC